CAAGCAAUCUUCCAUCCCUCAAAGAUCUUCUUUGCUGUUUCCUUCGCGUUCAAAAUGGCGACUAAGGAGGCGACUGUGUACAUCCUCGACCUAGGCGCGUCGAUGGGCAAGAAGCGGCAUGGUAGGGACGUAUCGGAUCUUGAUUGGGCGAUGGAGUAUGUUUGGGACAAGAUCACCACAACCGUUGCUACGGGAAGGAAGACUGCUUUGAUGAGUGUUAUUGGGGUUCGAACAGACGACAGUGACCUUGCUGGGAUCAUGCCCGUAGAUGACGGGUACGAGAACAUCACUGUGUUUUCGCCCUUAAAGCAGUGGCUUCUUCCCGAUAUACGAGGGCUGCAAGGAAAAGUGAAGCCUAGCUCGACAAACAAUGGGGACAUAUUAUCUGCCGUCGCGGUUGCAGUUCAACAGAUUGAUGCAGCCACAACCGGAACAACAGGCAAACCACUCAAGUUCGAUCGGAGAAUAAUCAUCGUCACCGAUGGCAGAGGCACUAUAGAUACCAGUGAUGUGGCGCAGAUUAUAAGCAAGCUCAAAGAUUACGAUCCGCCCGUCGAAAUAGUUCUACUCGGUGUCGACUUUGAUGACGCAGAAAGCGGGUACAAGGAAGAGGACAAAGACGCUCAAAAGGAAGACAACGAGACAACACUCAAGGAGUUCGUGGAUCAGUGCGAUGGCAACUUUGGUACUCUUGCGGAGGCCAUCGAACAGCUUGCGAUCCCACGCAUCAAGGACACACGCCCCACACCCAGCUAUAGAGGUACUCUCACUCUAGGGGACGGGCAGACUUACGACGCAACGAUCACAAUCGAUGUUGAACGGUAUCCAUGUGUCACGGUCGCCAAGCCCCCUAGCGCCAGUUCGUUCGUUGUGCGGACAGACUUGGGAGGCGUGGGAGCUAGCAUUCAAUCCUCGAAUACCGUGAUCGGCGACGAUGACCAGCCCAUGGACGGCCAACUAUCUGCUGUACGGAAUCAGCGUGUAUACCAGGUUGACAACCCCGACGAACCCGGCGAGAAGAUGAACGUCGAGUCGGAUGAUCUAGAGCGCGGUUUCGAGUACGGACGCACAGCGGUUCACAUCAGCGAAUCAGAUGCAAAUGUAGUGAAGCUUGAGAAUGACCCGUCGUUGCAAAUUGUUGGCUUCAUCAGGGCGGAAGAAUUUGAACGGUUCAUGCCCAUGUCACGCACGAAUUUCGUUGUUUCGCAAAAGACAAACUCACAAGCCCAGCUAGCAUUGUCUUCCUUCAUUCAUGCGCUAUAUGAGGCCGAGUGCUACGCUAUCGCGCGUAUCGUAGUCAAGCAGGACAAGGCACCGCUCCUGGUCGUCCUGGCCCCUCACAUUACGCCAAGCUAUGAAGCUCUAGUAGAAGCUGAGCUGCCCUUCGAGGAAGAUGUGCGCCGCUACAAGUUUCCUCCGUUGGACAAGAAACUUACGAUUUCCGGCAAGACCAUCACAGAACACAAAGAUUUGCCCAACGCAGAGCUCACGCAGGCAAUGAGCGACUACGUCGAUGCCCUGGACCUCUCCGAGUACGACAAGGAUGAUGAGGGUGAACCGACGGAGUACGCCAAGAUCGAAGACACAUACUCGCCCCUGCUACACCGGGUAAACCAGAUUAUUCGGUGGCGGGCGACGCACUCAGACCCGACGCUCCCUCUGCCGGACCCUCCGCAGAUCCUCACACGAUUUUCUGCACCACCCACCGAUCUCCUGCAGCAAUCAGAAUCCCAGCUCGAGAGACUCAAGAAAGCCGCGGACGUGAAGAAAGUCCCACCGAAGACCAAAGGCCGCGGCAAACGCUCCCGCGCCGACCGCGACAAGCCGCUCUCCGGCCUUGACAUUGAUGCCCUCCUUGGCAAUCCCAAGCGCGUCAAGAUCGAUGCGAACAACCUCGUUCCCUCCUUCAAGCAAGCGCUCGCGGCUACCGACGAUCUCGAUGCCAUUCAGGAAGCCGCUGACGCGAUGGCCGACCAAAUACGCACUCUCAUUCGUGGUUCUGUGGGCGACAGCGCCUAUGGUCGUGCGCUUGAGGCCUUGCGCGUGAUGAGGGAUGAGCUGACGGAGCUUGAGGAGCCGGAGAUAUGGAACGUGUUUGCGAGGGAUCUGAAGGGUGAGCUGAUUGGCGGGAAGCUAGGUGGUGAUAGGAGGGAGAUGUGGUGGAUGAUCAGGGGCAGCAAAUACGGACUAAUUGACCGCAAGAGGUGCUUCGCGAGCGACGUCACCGAGGAAGAGGCCGCGCAGUUCUACAAGUAGUCUCUCGAGGGACACUUAGAGGCGGACGGUCAUGCGACAGGGUUUAGCAUUUAGUGUUCAGGUGAAGAUGGUAGCAUAGAGGGGAGAACAUGAAAACAUCAACUUCAAGAGCUUUAUCACUAAACUGGCACAGUGGC